AUGACAUUUUUCUGUAGAUGGACUUCCAAUUAAAUAAGAGUAAAAUUGAUUAGCAAGUGAGAGACAGACAGGGUUUCGUUUGAGCUCUGAGAAGAAUAUUCUUCAAGUGAGAUGGAAUCAGGUCGGUCCCAAGCUUCUCCACAUGUACUCAUCUUCCCACUCCCAAUUCAAGGUCCUGUAAACGCCAUGCUUAAGCUAGCUGAACUCUGUGCCACAUCUGGUCUAAAGGUUAGUUUCCUCAACUCUGAGUAUAACCACAAUCGCCUGGUUCGUUUUGCCAAUAUCCAUUCCCGUUUCGGAAAAUACCCUGGAUUCGAAUUCAGGACUAUUUCUGAUGGUCUUCCAAGGGAUCAUCCAAGGUCAGGUAGUCGAUUUAUGGAAAUUUUUGAAGCCAUGAACUUGAGAACCAAGCCACUUUUGAAAGAUAUGUUGGUUGAGAUUAGCCCACCUGUUGAUUGUAUUAUAGGAGAUGGGAUUUUGGGAUUUGUUCUUGAUGUUGCUAAUGAACUUGGAAUUCCCAUCAUUAAUUGUUGUACCAUCGGUGCUUGUUAUUUGUGGUCAAAUUAUUCUAUCCCUGAUAUGAUUGAAGCCGGGGAGCUUCCCAUCAAAGGAAGUGAAGACAUGGAUCGGCCUAUAACAGCUGUGCCAGGCAUGGAGAAAUUUCUUAGGUGUCGGGAUCUUCCAAGUUUCUGUCGAGCCAGCAACAUGUCGGAUUCAACUCUCCUAAGGUAUGGCACUGUGACACGAAAAAGCCUAACAGCCUGUGGACUUAUACUCAACACAUUUGAAGAACUAGAAGGACCGAUUUUGUCUCAAAUUCGCACCAAAUGCCCCAACAUCUACACCAUUGGACCUCUUAAUGAGCACUUCAAGAUAAGACUGAGCCCGGAAAAUGAGGUUUCAUCUCAAUCUUCAAACUGUUUUUGGGAAGUAGACAGAAAUUGCAUGUCAUGGCUUGAUAAGCAACCGAAUCAAUCUGUUGUUUAUGUAAGUUUUGGUAGCAUUGCAGUGAUGUCAGAUGAGCAAAUUCUGGAGUUUUGGCAUGGGCUUGUGAACAGUAAAAAAAGGUUCUUGUGGGUUGUAAGACCAAAUUCAGUGGCUGGAAAAGGCUUCCAGGGAGAGGAUACACCGGUGGAGCUUGUGGAGGGGACUAAAGAAAGAGGAUACAUUGUGGGUUGGGCGCCACAAGAGGAUGUCUUAGGCCACCAAGCUGUUGGUGGGUUCUUGACUCAUAGUGGAUGGAAUUCUACUAUGGAGAGUAUAGUGGCAGGGGUGCCUAUGUUGUGUUGGCCGUACUUUGCUGAUCAGCAACUGAAUAGUAGAUUUGUGGGUGAGGUAUGGAAACUAGGGAUAGACAUGAAAGAUGCUUGUGACAGGAAAAUUAUUGAGAAGAUGGUGAAUGAUCUGAUGGUGGAAAGGAGGGAUGAAUUUGUGAAAUCGGCUGCUGAAAUGGCUAGGUUGGCUAAAGCAUGUGUUACAGUUGGUGGCCCUUCUUAUUGUAACUUCGAUCGUCUAAUUGAAGACAUAAAAAGCAUUAGUCUGCACAAUCAUGAUUGCUGUUGGCCUAUAAGAAACUCCCAAACUACUAACAGCUGUUCUGGUUGACGUAUUAAAAUAAUUUGGAGUCAUAUGUUUCUUGUAUGAGUUGAAGUCCGGGUAGACUUGUCCUCUGCCUCGUGGCCCAGUAAUCAAGGAGGCUUUGAAAAGGACAUAAGAUUCUCAUUUCCAGUCAAAGACGUCUCCUCCCACUUAGGGCUAUGUCCUCUUGUAAACAAAAAAAUCAAAGUGAUCUUGAACUUUUAAAAUAAAAUUGUAUAAUUAAUCAGAUGUUGUCUCUAAUUGGAGGCGGAUGUGAAGUAUUUAUAUUGAUAGCUAGAAUCCUAUCUCUCUUCCAAUGAUUUGCAGAUAGUUUUGCGUAGAACUAGUAAUUGAAAAUAAAAUAAAACAACAAGAUGGACUUUCCCCUCUUAGCCCAAGUG